AAGACAUGACUCACAUUAGAUGCUGUUCUAUGAACUCUAUUUAUUAGCCUAUAUUUAUUACACUUAUCUUUUUUCAUUAACCCUAGAUGGGGUCAACAAACCAUGGUUAAAAAAAAAUAUUCAACCAAAAAAAAAAAAACACAUAAUGAUUAUGAAUCUCAACCACACAACUUGGAUUUCUCAUUAUCAACAGUCUUCAACUUCUCAUCUCUUUCUUCCUCCAUGAGAGACUUGAGUAAAUAAUACAUAGUUUUAAAUUUCCCCUUUUCUAAUCUUAUCUCUCCCAAAUACAUAAACCCAUCCCAAAGAUUUCGAGUUUACAAUUUAAAAACAGUUUUGUUUAGUGCAAUCUUUACCUUAUCUUUACUUCUAUCAUCUAUUCUUCUUCUUCCUCCAUCUCUAGAAAAUUAUAAUACUUCUUGUUUCUUAAAUCUUAUUUGUAUUACAAUAACCAAAACCCAAGUUUACAAAACAUUUCUUCUUCUUGUUUUUCGAAACCCUAAAUGUUUUGAGUUGUCAUGGAUGUAAUAGCUACUACAACUACUAUAGUAUCCGACUUGGAUUCACGACAACCCGAAAUCGAAGCUCCGAUCCGGAUCCAGCCCGCGAAGCCUAUUUCUUUCUCAAACGGCAAACGCUGCCACCACCAUCAUCUUGCAUCUGAAGCGGUUGCGGUUGCGACUUAUAAAGAAUGUCUAAAGAAUCACGCAGCAGGUAUCGGCGGUCACGCUUUAGACGGAUGCGGCGAGUUUAUGCCGUCACCGUCGUUUAACUCCAAUGACCCCGCUUCACUAACGUGCGCUGCUUGUGGUUGCCACCGUAACUUCCACCGCCGUGAGGAGGAUCCAUCUUCUCUCUCUGCCAUCGUCCCUGCGAUCGAAUUUCGACCUCACAACCGUCACCAGCUUCCUCCACCGCCUCCUCCUCAUCUGGCGGGGAUUCGUAGUCCAGACGACGAUGAUUCAGCUUCUCCACCGCCGAUCUCGUCUUCUUACAUGCUUCUCGCACUCUCUGGAGGAAGAGGAGGAGCUAACACGGCGGUUCCAAUGUCUAGGAAACGUUUUAGGACGAAGUUUAGUCAGUAUCAGAAGGAGAAGAUGUUCGAGUUCUCGGAGAGAGUUGGGUGGAGGAUGCCGAAAGCUGAUGACGUGGUGGUUAAGGAGUUUUGUCGGGAGAUUGGAGUUGAUAAAAGCGUUUUCAAAGUGUGGAUGCAUAACAACAAGAUUUCAGGACGCAGCGGCGCUAGAAGAGCUAACGGCGGAGUAGUAGUAGGAGGAGUAGGAGAUAGUCGUCAGAGUGUUGUUCCGACAAAUGGGUCGUUUUCUUCGACGUGAGGAAAAGAAUGGAAAGCGUUGAAAAAGCGUCGUCGUUUUAGAGGCUAAUUCUUUUUUGGUUUUUCUUCUCUGUGUUUUGAAGAUUUUUUAUUUUUAGUCAACGGGUCAAAAUCUUUUUUCUAUUCCACUUUGUUUUGUUAUGUCUUGUAGUUUGUACUCUUGUUAGUAGUUUAUCUUUGUUAGAGAGGUGAUUUGAGUUGUAUCUUUCGACCAAAUGUGAGAAGAAAGAUAAAUGAGUAACCUCCUAAAACCGAAUAACAAAGUCAAUUAAUCCAAUUGUUUUCUAAAUUCUAUAUCAGUUUGCUUUUUUAUUUUUACUUUUUUUCUUUAUAUAGAAAUUUAUGAAAGAAAUGAGGGAAUUUGUUGCAAUUAUGUGACAUUACUAGAUUUUUAACCCGCGGUAUACCGC